AUGGUGGUCGUUGGGGUACAUAGGCUGGAUGAUGGACCCACCAAUGUGAUGAGGCUUAGGGUGGUUCUUGGAACGUUUGAUGACCUGCCAUCUGUAUACGACAGAGAACUGGUUGUGUUGGCAAAUCCUCCGCUCGGGGGAGCGAGAGGAAGUUCAUUAGAAGGUUCAAGUUCAACAACGAAGUGUGGAUUGGGAGCAACCACAUCCUUCGGUCUUGGAGGUAAAUUGAGUCUGGGUUCGACUGACAUACCAACGGCUUCGAGUCGCUGUUGUGAGAAAGAUGAAGAAGAUGAAGAAGAUGAAGAAGAUGAAGAAGAUGAAGAAGAUGAAGAAGAUGAAGAAGAUGAAGAAGAUGAAGAAGAUGAGCAAAUAGCAAAACGGGGAGUUUUAUAUAAAAACAAAGUAACUUGUGCUAUCCUCACAUAUGGUGACUAUGAGUGUCGUCUCUAUUACGACGAGAAUAUGCUAGAGGGAGGAAUGAAAUAUACCAGACGUCAAAUGGACGGUCAAAGGACGGUGGAAGACCUUGAUCAACAUUUACCAGCACUCGAAGUAUGGAAUAAUCUAUGA